AUGGGCCAAAAGCUUCUUUACACAGGUGCCACUGGCUUUGUAGGCGGUAGCGUUCUGUCACGGCUUCUCAAUAGCUCUUACUCAGAGAUCAGGAACCUGGACAUCACUGUACUAGUUCGAAAGCAAGAGCAAGCCAACCUACUGAAGCAGAAAGGGGUCGAAGCUAUCGUUUUUGAAGGACUUGAUGACUCCAAUUUCUUGAGGAAGACAGCCAGCGAGUACGACUACGUCAUUCAUACCCCAACUGGCUUCCACGCCAGUUCGGCAGUGGCACUCAUUGAGGGACUUGCGCAACGCAAGAUACAGACCGGAAAGGACGUUCACUUUAUCCAUACAUCCGGAACUUCCAACCUUGCCGAAAGAGCCAGUAACAAGGAGAUAGGAGAGGUUCACGAAUGGUCUGACUUGGAGAACGUGUUCGAGUUUGAAGAGAAGAAAGAAAAGGAAGAAGCCUAUGGCCAACGCACGACAGACAUUGCCGUUGUGAAAUUGGGAGAGAAGACAGGUGUCAGAACCUACAUCAUGAUGCCUCCUACUGUAUAUGGCCGCGGGUCCGGACUGUUCAACCAGGGCUCUAUGCAAAUCCCCAGCAUCAUUCGCGGCGCCAUCAAGGCCGGGGUUCCACAAUACGUGGGUGACGGCAAGGCCCGCCUGGGCCAUGUUCACGUAACGGAUCUCGCUCUUCUAUAUGAGCUUGUCCUGAACAAGGUCUUUCACAACUGGCUAGAUAUUGCCGAACACGUCGGCAAAGCUGGUGUCGCUCUUGGAGCACUGCAAUCGGCUGAGCCUAGGUCUGUCACAUUGGAAGAGGCUGCCUCAAAAUGGUUAAAGGCAACUCCACAAGUUGCCGAAAUGAAUUACGCGUCUAAUUCCGCUACGAAGCCUGUUCUCGCAACCAAACUCGGCUGGAAACCCAGAAAGACGGAAAAUGACUGGGAGGAGUCGUUUGUUGAGGCAUUCCAAAUGGUAUUGGACGAACAAAAAUGA